CUUUUCUCUUCAUUCACCUCGCACCCAUUUUGAUAUCCAUUCAUUUUUACUUCUUGGCGUCCUUGUCAACAUUAUCCUCAUUCGGUCCUCACGCAUUCAUAGUUAUCCCCGUUGCAUAACGCCCUUUAUCAACAUAAAACACUCAUUUUUCAUAUACUCUUAGUUUUUAUUGAUUCACUACAAAAAGAAAAGGCUGCCUUUAGGAAACUAGGAAAAGCAACUAUUCGAUAUAGCCGAAGAUGCAACGAGCCAAUUCAAACGGGAUCUCUUUCCUUCGUAGACGAUCGAGCAGUGCAGCCCCUUCAGUGCCCUAUGCCAACCCUGCAGCCACACAGUUUUUGCGAUUAGGUGUUGGUAUUGACCAUGUUGAUGUUGGACACAAUGACGAGGAAGACGUCAUUUAUCAGGGCAUCGAAAAUGGUAUGGAGGGCCAUAGUGAGGACGACAUUGUCAGUGAUGAAGACGAGGAUGAUAUUGAGGAUGAGGAUAUCUUGGUAGAGGAGGAAGAUAUCAACAUUGUGCUUCAGCAGGAGCUCGACAAAAAAACUGAUGACGACAAUAUGUGCGAAGUUACACUAGAGACCAGUAGCAACAAUAACAUCCAAAGCACAAUCGACAAUUGUAAUUCAAAAAGCGAAAGCUCACAACCAGGACGAAUGGUCGUACAGGGAGAAAGAAAUGACAUGCAAAUGAAAAAUGAAGGAACGCAAUCAACAGGUACAGGAUCAGGAACAGGAGUAUCGUCAUUGUCGUCAUCGAAACAAGAUAUAACAAACGCAGCAAUCAUGGUUGAGCCGGCAGUGACAGCAACAACAACAACAGCGCUAUCAUCAUCAUCCAACACGCACCGGAUUCCUGUCAGCAUUAACACCCAGCUUAACUUUAAUGAAACUCUAUUCAAAAACAAUCCAACAAAGUCACCUAAAUCACCCAAAUCACCAAUUUCGCCCACUUUCAAAAGGCAGGGCCCAGCCUCGCCUGCGUCUCCUACCAAAGCCCUUGCUCCAGGUCUGCCCGUGUACCAUGAGAAGUUCACCAAGGGCACCUCAAAUAAGGCCCACGGAGCUAACCCCCUCAGCAAUGCCAACAAUACCAUUAUCGCGUCUAGUAUUGCCGAUGGUUCUGUCCCUGCAUCACCCUUGAAACCCCCAGCAUCACGUCGGAACACUAAUGUGAAUGCAACGCCCCCAGCAGCUUCCACACAACGCGCCCAAAGCACCACUAUCAUCCCACAACUGAAGCACUUUGCCGAAAAAGAGGGCUUUGUCACUGUUCAUAACUGGAAAAUUCACUAUAAGAUCACAUACCCGACCUUUGACCCCUCAUUCCGAGUUAAUGGCAAUGGCCGCAACAUCAUCCUCUUCCAUGGUGCGCUCUCCAACCUGGGCACAUGGCGCAAGGUUCAGCAGACACUGGCAGACCGUACUGGGUGUAGAGUCCUCUCGUUUGAUCGAGUCGGCCAUGGGUUUUCGGAGAAGCCUGCGACCUGGCCUAAGAAAGCGAACCCCUACAAAAAUGGAAGCGUUCUGGCGAUUACGCAGACCUUACUUGAAAGCCUUGGCAUGGACCAGAACUUGAUCCUGAUUGGAAAUGAUACUGGGGCCACAAUUGCCUUGGCUGUUGCGCUCUCGAAACCCGAAGUCGUGCGUGGUCUGAUUUUGGUAGCACCUGCGAUUCUUGAUGAGGCCCCACCGCUUUAUCUCCGUGCCUGUGUUACGUAUCCGCCACCAAUGAACUGGAUCUACCGUGGCUUGUAUGGCAACCAUGGGCCGUUGCAACAGUUUUAUUAUAAGCCUAAAGUCAUGAUGUCGGAUCCCAGUACUAUCGAGAUGUACAUGGGUCCGACAAAAGACGAUGGUUUCUGGAGAGGACUCGCAAAUGUAACCAAGUAUAGGACAAGCUACAAAAUUAACAAGCACCUUCAACGCCUGACAGAACUCUCAACUUUGGUGAUGACAGGCGAUGUGGACGAUGUGGUCCCUACCAUUGAGACUCUCCGACUAUUUGAAAUCCUCCAGAGUGUGCGCCAGUUGAAUGUGCCACAGGUGCUCAAGAUCAUUAAGCAUUCUGGACAUUUGCCGCAGGAGGAGAAGCCCAAUGAUUUUAUCAACGUUGUUUCAUUUUUCAUCAGAAAGGUUUGUCUUGGAUCACUUUCAAGAGAGGGCUCCCUUGGUAGACGCAUCUCUGGAGGUGUGGUACGCACUCUGUCGAAGAAAUCUGUCAGCAAUUACCAGAAUGCUGGCAAUAGCGGCUACACUGGGAUGCAGAUGGCCUUGGAAGCUAAUAGUCAGGUGAACGCACAGUUACCAAAUAAUAAUAAUAUCCCGCCGGUGCCGGCGCCAAACCCGAGCCUUGGCCUAGGUCCCGCAAACCCUACACUUGGACUAGGCUUUGAGCCAGUCGUUAGACCAAGUGGAUAUACACGAGGCCCAUCUAUGGUCCAAUCAAAGCAGGUAGUGCCGGAACUUCUACAAAUUCAAGCACAGACAGUCAAGAGCCACUAAUUAGUCUAUGGCUGAGCGCGUGUGGCAACUAACUUAUUG